AUGGACAACAGUUUGAAAGAGGAGGUGACCUGUCCAGAGAGCCUGGAAUGUUUUUCCAAUCCUGUUCAUCUCUCCUGUUGCUGGGGACUCGAACCCAUGACCCCUGUUGAGGUCCCCACAUCCUGUGCCCACGUGUUCUGCUCAAACUGCAUUCAGACUUGGGUGAAAAAAAAAAGUUUGAUAGUGACUUGUGCCUUGUGUUGAAAAGAAAACAAGAAACUUUUCAUGCAGGACUUGCAAUGGAAGAUCCCACCCAGGAGAUUCACCCACUUGACCUGUAUCCUGGGCAGCCUCUGCUUUCCCCCAGGCUGCCUUUAUUGGGAAGUUGACAUUGGGAAAGGGAAGGAGUGGGCUCUUGGUGUUUGUAAGGAACCAAUCACCAGGAGGAGCAUCCAUUUAUCAUGUGAAUCAUUGGCAUGAAGGCAGGAAGAAUUUUUGCUAAAUUAAGCCUGGACCUUUGCCGGUAGGAAUUCUCCUGGAUGUGGAUAUGGGAGAAAUCAAAGUUUUUGAUGUGGAAAUAAUGUCCUCAUCUAUAAACAUUGCUCUCUCUGUCUCCUUUUCGGACCCUUUGUGCUCAUUCUUUCAUUCUGAGAUGCAAGAAUAAAGUGACAGUGGUGGCCCCCUGACAGUCUGCCUUUGAACAUUUCAGCCAUUCCGAGUUUUGGGAGGUGAAUGAGACCUUUCGCCAGAGAAAGAUCAGAAUGACCAAGGAAAAAGAGAGUGUGCCAUUGUGCCAACACUUGGUAGUUCUGAUGAAUUUUGUAGACUGUGGUGAGACCACUCUGGGGUCCUUAUG